AUGGUAGUGGGUGAAGUUGUUAGUAACUAUGGAGGUAUUGAUAUUCUGGUUACCAAUGCAGCUGAACAACACUUGAGCAACAAUAUUGAAGAGAUCACUGAGGACCGGCUCCUGAAGUUUUUCAGAACGAAUAUAUUCUAUCAAUUUUUCAUGGUUAGGCAUGCUUUUAAGCAUAUGAAAGAAGGAACCAGCAUAAUCAACUCUACAUCAGGGAAAGCUUGUUGUGGAUCUCCAAUGGUGCUGGACUACAGCUCAACAAAGGGAGCCAUUGUAGCCUUCACCAGAGCUGUAGCUCUACACUUGGUGAUCAAAGGGAAUUUGGGUAAAUGCCGUGCCCGUAGGACCGGUGUGGACCCCCUUGCUGGUUGCGUCCUUGCUCGAAGAAAUGAUCACAAAAUUUGGUUCUGA